AUGAUAAAUGGACAGGACCCUAUACAUCACUAUUCAGUGAAUAUCAUGUUUUUAUUGGUUCAAGUGAUACCCGUAUUCGUGCCAUGUAUAUUUGCUGACCAAACCUCCGUCGAAGUGCGCAAUCUCAGGGACAUACUUGCCAGCAGACUAUAUGAAAAUACUUUAAGCAAACCAAAUAGAAAUACUGCUCGAGCUUUGCUGACAUUAAUGGAAACUCGCGACUUAUCAUUUUCUAUCUUUCACAUGAUCAACAUCGACAUUUCACUUCCCUUCAAGUUCCUCGCCCUGCUGCUCACCUAUCUCAUAAUAUUGCUUCAAUUUGACAAAGUGCUUAAUCCU